AUGUCUUCUUUAAGCUCAGCAAAGAAAGGAAAUCGAAAAGCGACAGAUUUGGAGACAAGCACAGUGAGUUCAGUCCCCUCACCUGUGACCAGCUGUGGACCAGUUCCUGGUUCCUCGUCUGCAGCGUCGACCAGCAUGGCAUCGCCAGCUACUCCACGUGUCCUCCCUCCCAGGUUUCCUCUCAGAGUUGGCAUCACCUGGCAGAAAGGGGAGAAACUGGAAGCCAUGGAUUUUUCCCGCACCUGGUACCCCUCCAAAAUUGUGGACAUUGAUGAGGAAGCCAAGUAUGUCUUGAUUCACUUUGAGGGCUGGAACCAGCGCUACGACGAAUGGGUGCCGAUGGAUAGUGACAAACUGAGACCAGUCACUCGUCAUUCGGAUCGGAAAGACAAGGGCGUUAAAAAACGGCGUAUUCAUCCUCAUCCAGUGAGUGAUCUCCCUUACAUCUACAGAGCUGGUGACAAAGUGUUGGCCAAGUGGACGGACUGCAAGAAGUACCCGGCCAAGAUCAGCAGACUGAUGGAAGAUGGUAUGUACGAGGUGAUUUUCUAUGAUGGCGUCACCAGACACAUUCAGCCAAUCAACAUACAGCCGAUACCAGAGGAGAUGAGCCAUUUGGUGAGUAAAACGGUGCCUAUUGAGGUCCCUCCAGCACCGAAGGCAAAACUGUCUUUCAAACAGAUCAAGGUUUCAUUGCCAGUUCUCGACAGGAUCAGGUUGUCGUCCCGGGGUCGAAUCAUCAGGAGGAAGAAGUUUCAGCCCAAGAAAUCCACCAGUUGUUCUGGUAGAGGCCGGCCGGUGGGCAGCUUGGACAGUGUGGAAGAUGUGGUUUCUUGUAACCACUAUUACUUCAGUUUCUGCUUUGUCCAAACUCAGCUGUUUAUUUUGACUGUUUGUUGCAAUUAUUUUCAUCAUUUACUGUAA